ACGGCAUGAAUAUUCUGAAGUACGGGAUUUGAAAGGCUACCAUCUGGAUAUAGUUUGUCGCAACUCAUGACUCUUUUUAAUCAGCAGUUUGCGAUCAAAGCUUUGGUGUCAGAGCUGGCAAUGGAUCCGUAAUGAUAAGGACUUCCAAGAAAACUUGUUUUGCAUUCUGCGAAGAGAUGGGGAUUACCUAGAAAAGCACUAUAAUGGCAACAGAUGAUGAUGAUGCAAUGACAUUUUCUAGUGUUUUGCGUGGAAUUUCCCCUGGUAGAAGAGAAGAUAAUGAUGAGAGUUCAGUGGAUAUUUAUGAUGGGUUAGACAACACUCCAAUUGUUUUUGAUAGUCUUGCUACAAAAGCAGCCCCAACUGGAAGUAGUUUAAAUCUGUUUGACGAGAUCCUGAUUGCAGAAGGGACAGCAAGGGAAACUUCGUAUCAUGAUUUACAGGCCGAACAUGAGAAAUGUCUGCAGCAACUUCAAGAGCUGAUGAAAAAGCUUCAGGAAAUACAAGAACAGAAUUUGACUCUACAAAAUGAAAACCAGUCCCUUAAAAAGAAUAUUUCAGCUCUUAUCAAAACGGCAAGAGUAGAAAUCAAUCGCAAAGAUGAAGAAAUCAGUAAUCUCCAGCGAAGGUUAUUAGCAUUUCCAGUUCAUCAGAAUGCCUACAAAAGAACAUACUUUUCAGCACCAAUUAAUAAUGCAAGGAACUUUGUAGGAUUGGAAAAAAACAAACACAAAGAUUUGUUUCCGGAGACCAAUCCAAAGACAGAUCCUAGGACUAAACCUGUCAUUCCUAAAGGCAUUCCUCACAGUUAUCCAUCAUGUGAUACAGAAAAUCAGAAAUUUAAUUCAGAAAAAAGGAAUACUCUGAAUGUGCCAAGACCUCAUCCUGAACUGCUUUACAGUGAUGCUACUUCAAGGCUGACAGAUGUUCUUUCUGACAAAGAAAAGGGGGCGAAAGAAAUAAGAAAUGAUGACUAUCAUAGCAAGGAGAAUGACUGCAGAUACAAAAACAAAGGACACCAAAACAGUGGCAGCACGUGUAAAGACAAUAAGAACUCAAAGCUCAAAAGUAGCCCCAGUUCAGAACAAAGAACUGAUACAUUUCCUUCCUCUCGGGAGAAACAACCUGUUAAUGAUCGAUUGCCAUCAAAAACUGAAUGCUCUGGUAACGUUAAGAGUGAAAAGUCACAAAACAUAAAGCAGAAGGAUCUGAAAACAAAGACUAAAGAUGAAAGCAGUAGCAGACAGAAAACCAGUUCUUCCGAAAGAACUCUUGAACAACAAAAACAGAAAAGUAAUAACAUUAGCAGUCCAUCUGAAAAAAUUCCAGGUUCUCAAAAAUUAAGUCAUGGCUAUGUGGAAGACAAAAAGGUAAAAGACAGCAGUAACAGAAAAAACAGAGGAGCAAGUAAUCAUGAGUUCCAAAAAAGGAAACCGUCAUCACCAUCCCCUCCUACUUCUAACAAAAAACACAAAUGCAGCUAUUCCAAAGAAGAGAGCAGUAAACGUGAAUCUGAAAGCAUGUCUUCAAAAUCCAAGAGACAUCGAACUGAAGAAAAAAGGAAAAACAAGAGAGUGACUCUUGGAGAGAACAAGGAUUUUCAAACUGAAAGAACAGAUUCAAAGGAACUGUCACACAGAACAGCAAAAGUUGUAAAUGAAGUUAAGGUCUACACUAUAAGAGAACAAAACCAACCCUUUCCAUCACAGGAAACUACCAAGGUAGCAGGUGGCUCAGAGGAGCAAAAGCCCACAAAAGGUAGAAAAGAUGAAGACCAGUCCAAAAGCAAAGACCUAAAACUGAGUUUUAUGCAGAAACUAAAUUUAAUUCUUUCCCCUGCAAAAAAGCAAACAGGUGAACUCAAACAAGUAGAACAACCCCCCAGUGGAGGUGAUGGAGAAAUUCCAAGUAAACUUAUUAGUACAAGUGCAGCUAAGCAAAAAAGCCCACCAUCAGUCCCAAUCCCUGACAGUCCUGUUCCAGCCAAUUCAAAACAAGUAGUUUCUAUUUCAGAGAUCAAAGUGGAAAUGGGAACUGAGAGCCUACCAGAAAUACUGAGCACAGAGCCAUCUAAGGAAACAUCAAACCUACAAAACACAGUGCAGUGUGAACUAGCUGAUAAUCUGCAUGAAGCCAGUGAUGAUAUUGGAGAAGCUGAGGAAACACUUAGGCUUCCUAGUAUGGGAAGAGACAAUCAAGACACACUUCCAGACAAUAGUUUCAAUGACUUAGAGAUUAUAAAUUGCGUAGAUUUUGAUUCCUAUAGCGUAAUAGAUGAAAUUAGUGGAACAGAUUCAGACUCGCUGAUGGAGGUGGAAGACACUGGUAAUUGUGAAAUUAAAAAAGUUGUGGAGCAUCCUGGUAAAGAAAACAACAUUCCCAAACUUGUGUCACAGGAUGUCAAGGAAGAACCCAAAGUAUUGAGUAGAGAUGUUUCUGUAACUGACCAAAACUCAUGUAACUCGAAGCUGUGCUGUCUUGACCAAGGAAGCCACAUAGAAAAGUUGUGUAAUAAAGGAGUAAAAUCUGCACCUCUAGCAAGAGAUACAAACCCAGUCUCUGUUGAUGAUGAUAAUUCUGUACUGAGCAUUGAUCUCAAUCACAUGAGAUGUAUUCCGAAAGCAAUCAGUCCACUUAAUAGUCCAAUACGACCCUUGGCUAAAACACUCAGAGGAGAAAGCACUUACACAGGACCUGUAAAAAGUUAUAAUAUAGAUGUAAUGCCUGAAAAUGCAGCUGGCUGUCCUACAAGAAGCUUGUCCAGUGAACUCAACAAAGAAAAUCAGAAGCCAUUUGGCACAGAUCCCCAAGUCUUAGAGAUAGAAUCUCAACUGAACGUGUCUUCAGAUGAAUUAGAAGAAGGUGAAAUUGUAAGUGAUGAUGAUAAUCUUAAUGGUGAAAGAAACUAUGAAUCCAAUAAAAAACCAAGAGGAAAACCAUCUUCUGAAAAAUCCAGUUUGAUCAAUACUUCACACAACCAGAAGCCAAAGACCAUAUCUUACAAUGGAGACAAAGAAAAAAUGGCUUCUGGAAAAAACAGUAAAGAAAAACACAGAACUGGAGCCAUGAGGCCCUCUAAAGAAACAAAGAAAAACAAAGCUGUGAAAACUGACUGUCUUGAAAAAAUAGUUAAAAUUAUUGCUGAGCCUUCUACUGUUCAUGAAUUUAUGCAGAUGCUAAAGGCUAUAAGGAAGCAAGUACGUAAAAACUACAUGAAGUUUAAAGUACAGUUUCCAAUACAGCAUUUUCAUAGGAUUAUAGAUUCAGCAAUUUCAAAUUUUACAUCUCUAGUAAAUUACCUUAACUUCUCUAAAAUGUCUAAAUCAAAUGAGACCUUAAAGCUGAAUCUCUGCGAAGUUAUAGAAUCCAGGCUUAAGCGAAUUAAAAGGAAUGUUGCAAUAGAUCAUCUCUUUGAACAACAACAAUCAGAUAUGAAGAAAAAGUUAUGGAAACUUGUGGAUGAGCAGCUUGAUAACCUGUUCGACAAAAUAAAGAAAAUUUUCCUGAAACUGUGCAAUUUAAUAAAUACUGGUGAUGAGAAUGGCGAUGGUAAACCUAAUAAAAGAAUUAAAGAGAGCCCUAAAUGCCUUAUAGGUCGUAAAACUGAUGAACAAAACCCAAAGAAACGAUCUUUAAAUGUUGGAACUCAAAAGACUGAAGAAUGUGUUCUUCCAAAGCCUGUAGGGGGCAACCAGCUGUCCAGAAGAAAUCCCCAUAACACAAAUAAAAUGGAUGCACAAAAAAAUAUGGUUACAAAAUGUACAAAUUCCUAUACAAAUAAUGCAAAAUGGUCUCAGACUAGGGUUGAGCUUGUCAAGGAAAAAUCUACACAGGAUAUUGAAUCAGCCUUGAAAACUGGAAAGCAUGAAAAGGAAGGGUCACAGGUGGCUGAAAACUCUCAGAAGUCUGAUGUUAGCUGUGGACCUCUUACAGAACAACAAAUGUCUGGCCUAACAUUUAACCUGGUGAAUGAUGCUCAAAUGGGUGAGAUGUUCAAAAGUUUGUUACAAGGGUCUGAUUUUUCAGAAAAGAACGAUGACUUUAUGAAUGAAAAUCAGUGGGAAUUCAGGACACCAGAAAAACACCUUCUUAGUGGACAGAACUGUGGAAACGAUACUGUGUAUGAGGCUGAAGAAUCAUUUCCAAAAGAGACCCGAAUAGAGUCAGGGGUACUAGAUGGCAUUAAAUGGCCUGUAGUUUCACCUGAAAGAGACUCAACUUUUUUAACUAGACUUCCAAUGCCUGUUGAUCCAGAUAUUCUAGAUGAAAACUGUAUGUUUGACAUUCCUUCUAGCCCAGCUUUGAAGAAAAGCGAGGCAUGCAUUUUGGAAAAACCAAAAUCACUUGUGUCUUCUAUUCUACUUGAAGACCUCGCAGUAUCAUUGACUAUUCCCUCUCCUUUGAAGUCAGAUGCUCAUCUUAGUUUCUUGAAGCCUGACACGUUUGGAUCAGUUCCUGAGGAUGUUCUGAGUGCACACUUCAGUGAAGAUGCCCAUCUUGAAGAAGAGGAUGCUUCAGAACAAGAUAUUCAUUUGGCUUUGGAAUCUGACAACUCAAGCAGUAAAUCCAGCUGCUCUUCUUCAUGGCCAAACAUGCCGGCUGCUCCAGGAUUUCAGUGUUGCACAAGCCUGCCAAUGCAGGCAGUAAUAAUGGAGAAAUCAAAUGAUCACUUCAUUGUUAAGAUAAGGCGUGCCGUACCAUCUACCUCACCACUCCUUGAUAAGGCAUCUCUAACAAAUGAUCCCAUUGCUUCUUUUAUUGAGAAAGGGAAUGAUGAAAGUGUGUCUGAAGAAAAAAUAGAUACUUUGAAUCCCAAAGGCCUUCCAUUGGAAGAAGUGGCAGUACCUAAGGAACAGAACAAUAUUACUGACUCUGGGGAUAAGAUGCAUGAUAAUAUUGGAAAAGAGCAUGUUCCUAGUUCAUUUGAGACUAUGAAGGAACUGCCUGUCUAUCAUGAAAACAAUCAGCAGGUUCAAGAUAUAUCUGAAUCCCAACAGGAAUCUAAUCCUAGUGCUUCUGACAACAUGCUUGAAUCUGCAAAGGAUCUGCUUAGUAAUGACAGACAAGAGCAAGAUGGUAACAUGCCGGAGCCUCUUCAUGAGCUGCCUAGCAAUACAAGUCAGCCUCAAGGCACUGAUUUGAUUGAACUCCAUCAAGUACUGCAUAAUAGUGCUGACCCAGAGGAAGCCUCUGGUGUACCUGAUCCACCUAAAGAAGUGGGGAAAUCCUCUAGCCCUUUAGUGUCUUUUACAGAACCCUCAAAUAAAACUUGCUAUGGUGAAGACAUACCAAAUGUCUUCAAGCUACCUCAGACACACUCAUUGAAGACGGUUCAAAAAAGAGAAGUAUCCUGUGCUACGGCAGAACAGCUUCCAGUUAGCACUUCAGUAGUUCCACUUGUAGAUAUAUUUUCCUCUGAGGGCCAGUUUGCUAUAGGUGUAGACUUGACAAAUGAGUAUCCUAUGGAAAAUGAGGUUGAUUCAUGGGAUCUUACAGCAGAAUCUUCUUUAAAUGCUGGAAUUAGGUUACAUAAAGAGGAUCAUGAACCAGUGGGCCACUGUACAGCAGGUGAUCUGUUGAAGAAUGAUGCUGAUGCAGUUACAAAUUCAAUAGCAGAGUUGCCUGACAAGUCAGCUGCAGAUGAGAAUUUUGAAAGAAAAGCAGCUUUAAACAUUGGUAGUCUGAUCCCUGCCAAAGAAAGCAAAAAAAGAAAAAGGGAGAUUGAAGAAACAUCUAGCAUAAAAAUACAAAGAAAGAGCACUGAACUGUCUUGUAAAAAGAAUGGCACAAGUAGCAAAAAAUCUAAAGAAAGUAUGCCGGUAGCCAAGAGUUCAUCCAGUAAAAAAGCUUCACCAAUUAGGGACAAAGAUUCUUUGCCAUCAACAUCUUCUGUGUCACCAUCAAGUCUAUAUGCCAAAAACGUCAUUAAAAAGAAAGGAGAAGUCGUAAUUUCUUGGACAAGAAAUGAUGACAGAGAGAUUUUAUUAGAAUGUCAGGAAAAGGGACCUUCAGAAAAAACAUUUUCUUCUGUUGCUGCCAGGCUAAAUAAAAGUUCAAAUCAGGUUGAAGAAAGAUUCAAACAGUUAGUGAAGCUGUUCAAUAUGUCGCAUUGCAGUUAGCAACUGUGCUGUUACUGAUGAUGGACUUCUAUGAGUGUUUCUGCACCAUGUGUGUGUAUGAGAGAGAUCUAAGUCAGAAUAUCUGCCUGUUGCUUAUCUUGGCACUUAUAUUUUCUAUGCUCUAUUUUAUACCAUUCAUCACCUUAGAAGAUGCCAGAGAACUCAUAACACGUAGCUACACUUCCAGGAGUAGUCAUAUUAAUAUAUAAGUGGCAGUUAAGCAGCAGGCUCAUGUUUCAGAAAGCACGAGCGCUGUGAAGUUUUGCAGUGAAUUCUGUAAACCCCUUUGUUCGUUAUGGUAUAAAUAUGUUGGAAGUUUUGUAAAGUAUAUUUUGGUGGUAGUAUAGCAGCCUUUCCAAGUUGCCGCUGCUGAAGACAACAGAUGUACACAGAGAUGGGUUUCAGAGGCUGACUUUGUUACUUUUUGCUAACUUAAAACAGCUUCUUUUAAAAGUGCAUCUGCAGUGUGCUUCGGCAUAUGCGUUCAGGGUGCAGUAUGAAUUUGUGCCUUAGGUAAUUUAACCAAUCUUACAAUACAGUACUGAUUAGUAAAAUCCAGAGAAUGCAAAGUGUGGGUUAUCCAAAACAAGUCUCAAUCUGCAAUUUCUUCUGGAUAGAAAGAUUCAAUGUGUAAGAUCUCUGCGUUCUGAUCCAGCUGCCUGGAAUUCUUUCACAGAGCCCUCUGCAGAAGCAGCAGUUGGCCAUAUCAGCUGGGAUUGAUAAAACAGCGUGGAUUUUAUUCCUUUCCAAACACUUCCUUGGUAUAUCUUCUGAAAUAGUUUUAUGUGAUCAGGGCCUUGAUAUAUUCAUUGUCUCAAGUGUAAUAACUACUGGGAUAUCUUGGCAGCUAUCUCCGAGGACUGCCUUGUGCACAGCAGCAAAAAUCCUAAUUUCAUCUGUAGUCUUACUUCAGAAAGGACAAGGUCCUGUAUGAAUGUAAGAGCUCAGCAUAUUUCUUAGAGUGACUUACCAGCAUUCUGAUCUGGAUUCUCUUUUUGGGGGGAGCAGGGGUUGUAAAUUGUAAAAUUUUAAAUGUUUACACUGUUGUAAAUACGUGUACAGGAUGCUAUAGUGUGUAAAAUACAUUGUUUAUAUGGUUUGUUUACCUACAAAUUUUGACACAUAAAAUAAGUUUUAUUUUGUAUAAACCAAACAUUGCAUAUUGAAAUACAAGUCUGAAACUUUGUAAAAUGAAUGCACUUAAUAUUAAUUAAAAGUUGACUCGUUGUUUUUA